GGCAACGUUUUAACGAGGGCAGAGGCAGAUCCUUCCCCUUAGUUCUGCCUUCAGUUCUCUUCCUGUGGCAAGAGCCGACGCUAUCACUUCAGCAGACUCCAUAGCUGAAGGGAACAUAGCACACACACAGAAGGGAUCAUGGUAGGGGCAUUUUGGGGGACAAGAAUAAUGGAGAUAGUAAAGAAGCAUGAUUCAGGAGGUCUAGUCUGGAAGAGAAUAAAACUCACCACUACCCGUAAAGCCAACGCCAAGAAGCGACUCCUCAGGGUUUGGCAGAAUGAAGCUGUGUUGAAGGCAUGUGCUGAGCCACCACCUUCAAAAACUUCUAUGGCUGAUACCGUUGGUGCUGCAGAGAAAGAUAGCACCAACAGCGUAUCUUAACUUGCGAAUGAGUAAGAAUACAUGUCACUGGCAAGGAUGUCAUGCAGUUGCCAAUUUGUUGAAGACAGUUUUUGUUGCCUGUUUGUCUGGGAUUAUUAGCGUGUUUGUCUGUGAUUUUAUUCACGUAGAUAGAACUUGGGUUUGGUUACUUCUCAAUUAUCUAUACAAGCAAAAGAUGUUUUCUUCAGGAGCAUGGCAUACUAUGAUCUCAUCUUGUGUAGGUAUUGGUUUUAGUGGAGAAAAUGAAAAUUAGUGUAUUUGAAAGAUUUUUUCUUUUUCUUUUUUUGAGAACUGAAUUUUCAAAUUUGCUGAAUGUAGCUUGAUGAAAAACUUUUUGGGAACAUUGAAUGGCUCAUUAGUAAAAAAUGUUUGAGAGAUGAUUAUCUCUUGGAUGACAUUUCUCAAGACCAUCCUUGUGGCA